AUGGCUACUCCAACGACUCCAGUAGGCGACAUGUCCUCCGGGACUCUGAAACGCACGAAGAUCGUGCUUCUCGGUGAUCAGAGCGUCGGCAAGACAUCACUCAUCACGAGGUUCAUGUAUGACACUUUCGACAAUACUUAUCAGGCGACUAUUGGUAUCGACUUUUUGAGCAAGACGUUGUAUUUGGAUGAUAGGACUGUGAGGUUACAGCUGUGGGAUACCGCGGGGCAGGAACGUUUCCGCUCCCUCAUCCCAUCAUAUAUCCGCGACUCCACCGUUGCCAUUGUUGUAUUCGAUAUCACCAACCGUCAAUCAUUCAUGUCGACUACGAAAUGGAUAGACGAUGUCCGGUCUGAGCGAGGGAAUGAUGUGAUGGUUGUUCUGGUUGGCAACAAGGCUGAUCUCUCGGACAAGCGGGAAGUCACGCUGGAAGAGGCUACCGCGAAAGCCCAACAACUGAACAUCAUGUUCAUGGAGACGUCCGCCAAAGCGGGUCACAACGUAAAGUCGCUGUUCAAGAAAAUCGCGAUGUCCUUGCCAGGAAUGGAGAAAGACAGUUCCACGGCCGACGCGAGCAACAAGAUCGAUGUCAGCACACCGGCCAACGCAGAAGUACCAGAGGCAUCACAAUGCCAGUGUUAA